CUCAUAAGUUUCUUUUCCUUCAUCCCAAUGGAGUGACGGAUAGAAGUUGUUUCAAUUCUUUUUCAAGAUCUGCAAACAUCUAUCCCUGUUGUCUGAGGGCGUGAGAGGACUCGUCGCAAGACAACGGCGUGCGAUGUUCGCUGCUCUGCAGGGGAAUGUAAGGACCAAGCCUGUGUUUUAUUAACCACAAGCAAAGACUACCUUCCUCGUCUUCUCUGGAAUCCUUGAUUCUCGAAGGCUUCGGGGCUCCCGCCGUCUGUUCUUCAGUCUUGUCUCCGCUCUCGAUGUUUCGUAACUGACACAGGCGGCCUUUCUCUUGACUGCGGCAUGCAGCCCCACCGAAGAAGGCGUCCAGAGUCUGGAUCGCCACCCUUUGCAGAGAGACAUAAGUUCUUGAAAUUGGAUGCCUAAGGGCAUGACCGUGUUGUCGAGGAGAGUCAACCGACCAGUGGACUUCACACGCGCCCAGUCUUGUCUGGGGUUCGAUUCUAUGGCGGGUGGAAGAUGGAACACCGGCGGUCUGCUCUUGGUGCUCUUUCUCUCCGUGUUUUUUUCCCUGUCUUCUUGCGCUGCAUUGGUCAGACGUGAGCAAUGUGGCGGCCGCCUUCCGUCCUGGAAGCCGCCGGCACUGGACGCGCGAGCCUCUGGGAAACCUUCCAGCAAAUUCGAGUCGCUUUUUUUCCAUCCAGACCUUUCCGCCGCGCUUCUGAAAGAGGCUAAAGAGAACCCAGGCGAAGAGAAUCGUGCUACGAGAAUUGCUCGUGUUGACACGCAUUCCAAGUCGCGAAAGGUCCAGGAAAGAACGGGUGCCAGAACGCCUGGCGGACCUGAUUGGCGCGGUGUACAGACACCCAGUGACUUUCUGCGACCGUUCACACAUCGAUGGCGGCGCACUGCCGCUCAAGCAUUUCCGACGCAGAAGGACUUUUUGCCAGAGAAGUUUUCCUUUUUUUCUUCAGUUCCUUCGCUUCUCCGUUAUCAGUCUGUCCCUCGUGCGAAUGGCGGAGAAGGUGUGGCCAGCCAAAUCUCCGGCGCCCGCCUUGGAGGCGAAGUGCCAGCAUUCUAUCGUGGUGCCGGCGACAGAUGCAGGAGCCUGAGUGACAGAUUUCCGCCUUUUCGUCCCGAGGAACGAGAGCACAAACAAGAUGGAGCACGACUGACGACUCCACUGUUUCUUUUUCGGCCAUGGCAAGUUGUCCAGAACCGAGAUUCAAGGCGUCAUCUGGUGUUCGAGAAUCACGCGAAGCCGUUUUUGACCCCGCCGUAUCGACACGAAGGAGGGACGACCCUUUCUGGGUUUCAUUCUUUGUUUUCUCUCUCUUCCCCGGUCUCCGCGUCAUUUUCGUGGCCUGUUCCGGCCUCCGGCCUUUCGAUUUACGAGCUCGGGAAUGGGAGGAACGCAGACGUCUGCCGACACAGCCGACGUUGUGCGGAAACCGACGUGGAGGCGCCAGGGUCCUGGUGCGCCUCUUUCGUUUUGUCACAAAAAAACAGGAGUUCCCUUUCUCGCCGAACUGGUAAUCUCGCUUCAAGUGCCUUGUGCGCGUCUUCGCGUUUUCAAUCUUCUCAAUGGACCCCGGCUUCUCGCCGAGACAGUCGCAGAACGGCGGGCACUCAGCCACGCGUCCAAAGCCCUCUGAGGCGAAGAUCUCAGGCGAAGGACAGCCUUGUGGGCUUACGAGAAAGAAGCACAGACACCGCGCUGCUCAGAGGAGGGAAGACGCCGAACACUGCUGUUGCCAAGAAGCGCAGGACUCUGUCAGGCGGUGAGAGGAAGAAUGGAGAGAGUCUGAUAUCUUCGCCAGCUCGCCGUCGCAGCUCCGAUGCUCCGAAAGAGAAACAGGAGAGAAGAAAAGCAGACACUUCUAGCCAGUCGGGGAGAUUCACGCGUGGACCCCUCUCGGAUCCGGAAGAAGGGGAAGAAGAAGACGACGAAGAAGGCUGCGAAGAGGACUUCGAACAACAGGGAGAGGCUGAAGAACAUGGCAGCGAGGAAUCAGAUUUGUUUGAUGACGCAGAGUCGCUGCUCUCUGGGGAUUCGCUGACGCCUGAGGAAGCAAUGGAAAGAGCUCAUAUUCUUGAGAAUCUGGAAGCAGGAAGACGACAGAUGGAGAAAGAAGGGAAGUCGCUGAGGGACUUUGGAAACCCAGAAAAAGACGAGACAGACAGGCAGGCGUGGCUCCGUCCGGCCCCGUGGAGCACAAGCGCGGGAGACAAAGGAGACAAAGCAAGACGAUUUGAACCUGAGGACGAGGACGAGGUGGAUUCUAACCAGGACGAGGGCGACUUGUUGUACGACGUUCGACAAGCUGAAAGGACACCUGACAAGGAACUCACGAGAGACACCGAAGAAGAAACGGGCUCUUCAGGGGUGGCAUUUCGACUCUCAACGCCUCAUCGUUCGUCUCAAAAGCUGGUUCGACGAGAAGGGCGCGUCCCUUGCGUUUGUCUCCUGGGGAGACCGAACGUCGGCAAAAGCAGCCUUUUCAACACACUCAAAGACAAAGAAGAUACGGCAGCGGACGCCAUUGUUCGCGACGAAGAUGGCACGACCCGAGAUCGGCACUACGCCUUCUCAGUCUGGAGAGGCCGCCCCUUCAUCGUGGUCGACACCGGCGGCCUUAUCUUCGAAGAAGACCGAUAUGCCGCGGCUCUCUACGCUGAGGAGAUUCGCACUCAAGUGAAGUGUGCCCUGGAGGAAGCGACUUGCGCCAUCUUUGUGGUUGACGGCCGCCAUGGGCUGGAUGGAGAGGACGAGGUCAUUGCGCAUUUUCUGCGGCGCUCGAAAACGCCUGUCGUCGUCUGCGUCAACAAGACUGAAAACGUUCGAUCUGGGAUCGCUUCUGCUCAGGACUUCUGGAAGCUCGGCCUCGGCCAGCCUUUCCCUUGCAGCGCAGUCGAAGGCGUUGGGCUGCCUGACUUGCUGGAUGCCUGCUUUCUGCACUUUCCUGCCGAUUCGGAAGCGCCUUCUCGCGGUGCUGGUGGGAAGGAGAAAGUCAAGGUCGACGAAAAGGGAGAAGCGCGGGCCGGUCUCUCAGGGCGAAGCACCGCAGUGUCUCUGAGUUCAUUCGCUCUCCCCACGCUUGCGAGAGAAGAUGUAAACGUGGCAAUUGUUGGCAGGCCGAACGUGGGCAAGUCGCAGCUGCUCAAUCGUCUGCUUGGAGUGUCGAGGAGUCUCGUCAGCCCCCAGGCAGGCACUACGCGCGACGCUGUCGACGAACUCGUGCAAAGAGACGGGAGGCUCUACCGACUUGUCGACACCGCAGGCAUCCGGCGAGCGCGAGUUGUGAAGGCGCAGAAGGGGGUCGAGUUCGUCAUGGUCAAGAGAGCGGAGCGAGCGCUAGCGCGGUGCGACGUCUGUCUGUUAGUCUGUGACGCCGAGCGCGGGCUGGUCAAGCAAGACAUUUUGCUUGCGAAGAAAAUCGAGGAAGAGGGACGCGCGGCGGUUAUCGUCAUGAAUAAAUGGGACACCGUCGACGCAGAGGCCACGGCCCACCACGAGGUUUCGACUUAUAUUCGGUCCGUAUUCUACCCUCUGCGGUGGGCGUCAAUCGUCUGCGUCUCUGCGCUGACGGGGAAAAAUGCGAGUCGCAUCUGGGCCGCAGUGAAUGACGCGUUUGACCAGCACCGAAGGCGAUUAGGGACAGGACUUUUGAACUUCGUUCUUCGGGAUGCUCUGGCUGUGCAUCCACCUCCUCUGUUCAAAGGUCGCAAGCGCGGCAAAAUCUAUGUGGCACAACAGGUGUCCAUCCAGCCGCCCACGAUCGUCGUGUUCUGCAACAAGACGGAGUACUUUCCAGAGGUUUAUCGACUUUAUCUGGACUUCUCAACUCGCACGGCCUUCAACUUUCACUUCACCCCCAUCAAGUGGCUUUUUCGCGAGAAGAAACGACGCAAGUUGGAGAAAGUGACUCGCUCAAAACCCUCUUGAAAGCGUGUGUUCGGCUUAUAGUCGGGCAAGCCAGGUCUCUGGUCGCAGAGGCCUUUCUGGUGUCACCGCGAGACAAGUCUCUUUUCGCUCCUGUUUCUCUCCGCGACUCACGCUGCAAGUGCUCAGCUUUCCCUUAUUCUUGUGCUUGCAUGAAUUUGCCGGAGAAUGAGUGUCUUUCCAAAUUAAUGGAAUCUAUGAGGCUACGCGGCAUUUGAAUUGGUUUUGCGUUUCCAUACGUCCCUCCGUGGUGCGAAGCCGCCUUGUUGGUAUCAGAGGAGACUGCUUUGGAGAGUCGUCUUCCUCCUGAAAAGCUCCUCUCAGAUUAUCUCCGUCUGGCUCCUUGAUCUCGCUCUCGAAUACUUUCUCUGAGUUCGGCUUAUCUUUCGUGCCUCUCUUCUUUUCUUUUCGCUUCUUCACGCAUGUUCUCUCUGUCGUUCUCACCUUUGCUGUUCUCUUCUUGCGCGUGUUUUUAUUCUCCUUCUUCUUUCAUCUUUUGGCUCGUUUCAGCUCUUUCCAUCUUGUCUGCUUUUCUUCUUUUUCUCUCUUCUCACUCCUUCGCAAUCGCGGCGCUCUUUCUCCGCUUCCUUGUCAACGGGUGCUGUGCUGAACCGGCGAAGACUUUUUCGCUGAACACUCCAGGGUUUUCUCCUGAUGCGCACUUAGAGAGAAUGUCCGGCUCCAGAGCCACACCGUCAGCUGCAGCUAAAAUACAUGCGUUCUCUGGGGUUCGAACUCCUCUGAGAACGACUCUGGCACACGGGAGCGAGGAGCGACUUCGCUGUUUGGACACGGCCGAGUGCGAAGCCAGUGAUCGGAAUAAACAAGUGACGAGACACUACAGAGAAACAGGUGAAAAGUGAAGAGAAAUGUCUUGAAUGCGAGCAAAGAGCGCACACGGAGAGAACGUAGCAGAGAAAAAGAGAGUUCCAACCUCGAUAAAGGGGACUCGACAGGCGAAUCGAACGGCAGACGUGAAGGCUGUAUCAGCGACAGAAGAGAAGUCCCAAAAGCCGUCCGAACCUCCCUGGCUAGAGAACGGAGACUCUGACCAUCCGAUGUUUGUUCUCUUCUUUCCUGUUUCGCAUCCAUUGACAAAGUGUUUUCUCGCGUCUCGUGCCCCCUCC